ACUGUGUUAAUAACAAAAAUAAGGCGUUACCGGUAACGACGUUACUGGUAACACGUUACCGCCAACACUGUGAAGCAGCGACCGCGGCGGCUUGACUUCCCUUCCGCACUUGGUUAGCAGAACGUGCAAGCCACCACAGCUGCAGCACCAUGGGGCUGCCAGAGUCGAUUCUUAAACGAUCGCCUGUAGACAUUUACAAGCUUUGCGAAUGAACCUUUUUAACAUCUCAAAUGAACGAAUGCCCACGGAGGCCGCACCGGCAUAAUGUAGGUAUUCUGGACCAUGUUCAGAACAAUUAAAAAUGCGCCGACCUUUCUUGCUCUGUCGUGUCAUCCCAACAGACUGGAACGGAGCAGGCUAUGGCGACAAGGUGGACACUUUUGACCGUGACAGCUGCAGGGGCGACACCUCUCCCCCCACCAACAAUUCGGGCCCACACAAGCAGCAAACGCACCGACAACCGGACAAGCACCCGUGCCGCUUCUGUCCUCACUCAAGCUCUUCCGCAGGAAAUGUCGCCAUCCACGAGAGGACUCACACUGGAGAGAGGCCCUUCAGUUGCGGUGUUUGCGAGAAAACGUUUGCGCGUACGGAUUGCUUGACAGCUCAUGUUAGAAUUCACACCGGAGAGAAGCCGUUCAAGUGCAACACGUGCAGCAGGGCGUUUACUAUUAAACGCAGCUUGGUAAAUCACGAAAGAAUUCAUACCGGAGAGAAGCCGUUCAAGUGCAACACGUGCAGCAGGACAUUUAUUCAGAAAUGCAUCUUAACUAAUCAUGAGAGGACUCACACAGGAGAGAAGCCGUUCAAGUGCGAGACCUGCGGUAGAUCGUUUGCGGGCAAUAGCGGUUUACACACUCAUCGGAAGAUACAUCGCAAGUGA